UGACCGGAUGUGUAUAUUUGCUCUAGCUAGCUUGACAGCAUUACAUGACGGCGUGUACCACCGUCACAGCUGCAGUAAACUCAUCUGGCGCUGCUUUCUGCAUUGACAAACGACCUACCAGCUGCUGAACAUAACUGAAAAUGCUGUCCUACAUCAUUGGUCUCAUCCGAGGCGGCUUUGACGGCAUCAUCAACCUCAUCUUCAGACUUUUCUUCUCAAAGAGGAGACCAGCCAUCACCUUAGAGGACCCCAGCAUUAAGUAUGCACUUCGGCUGUUGGACAAACAGAUUGUCAGUCAUGACACAAGGAAGUUUCGCUUUGCUCUGCCUUCUCCUGAUCACGUCCUCGGUCUCCCUGUCGGGCAGCAUAUUUAUUUGUCUGCGAGAAUAGACGGGAAUCUGGUCGUCCGUCCGUAUACGCCAGUGUCCAGUGAUGAUGACAAAGGCUAUGUGGACUUGGUGGUGAAGAUUUACUUUAAAGGCGUUAAUCCCAAAUUCCCCGAGGGUGGGAAGAUGAGUCAGUACUUGGAGAGCCUCAGACUCAACGACACUAUUGACUUCAGAGGACCCAGUGGUCUUCUUGUUUACAAGGGCAAAGGAGUUUUUGCCAUUCAACCAGAUAAAAAGUCCCCAGCUGUGACCAAGACAGCCCAAAAUGUAGGCAUGAUUGCUGGAGGGACAGGAAUCACUCCCAUGUUGCAGCUCAUCACAGCUAUGAUGAAGGAUCCACAGGACAAGACAGUGUGUCACCUGUUGUUUGCCAACCAGACUGAGAAAGACAUCCUGUUGAGACCAGAGCUGGAAGAGAUUCAAGUCAACAACCCGGACCGGUUCAGGCUGUGGUUCACCUUGGACAAAGCACCUGAAGACUGGGAGUACAGCCAAGGCUUCAUCAGUGAAGACAUGGUGAGGGAACACCUGCCGCCUCCCAGUGACGACACUCUCAUCCUGAUGUGUGGACCUCCGCCUAUGAUCCAGUUCGCCUGCAACCCCAACCUGGACAAAGUCGGCCACUCCAGUAGCCGCACGUUCAACUUCUAGAUGUCCGUCCACACCGAGGAGUUGAGGUUUGGGCAUAUAAGGGCGUCCAGUUAUUAUUUUCUAUACCCUGAAAGCAUUAAAGCACUCGUACAGUUGCAGUGGGUAUUGCACUAUAUUUACACCAUAUUUAUCAUGCAACAGCACAGACCAGUUCUUGUAAUGAGUAAGUGUCAUGGAAGGGCAGGAAAUGGUUAAUAUGAGCUUGACGAGUAUGUAGAGGAUGUUUCUGAUGGAGAACGGAUGUUCAGACUGUUGGCUUGGAAAUGAGGAUGUGAGUCUUAAUCUGUCGCAAACACUCCCUACUGUUGUGCUAUGGCCUCAUUUUGGUUUCAGUAUCAGGAGUUGAAGUUCACUGGCUGUUUUCUGAGUGCCUUAACACUUUGCAAAGCUUUUUUAUGCACAGUUAAAAGAAUUGUGGCCACUUGCUUAAUCUAUACAGAACUGUAUUAAUUAUUCCAUUACUGCUGUUGAGAAUGUGUUUAGAGUUAUCUAUUGUGACGUCAAAGAUGUCAAUAUUUUGCUAAAACGUGAUGUUACUGAUAAGAUGUCUUUGCUGCAACAUAAAAAUCUAUUGCUAUUGAA